AUGGACAUCAGUUUCGGCGGUAAAUAUCGAAUCGUCGAGAACAUUGGAUCGGGCUCGUUUGGUGAUAUCUAUCUUGCAGUCGACAUCGACUCCGGUGAGGAGGUCGCCGUGAAAGUCGAGAGCGCCCGUACUAAGCAUCCCACACUCCAGUACGAAGCCCAGAUCUACAAGAAACUGGCCGGCGAGGAUGGCGUCCCCCAUUUGCGAUGGUUUGGCGUCGAGAACGAUUACAAUGCGAUGGUGAUCGACUUGCUCGGGCCUGACUUGGAAGAAUUGUUCAACCGUUGCGGGCGCAAAUUCAGCCUCAAGACUGUCCUACUUCUCGCCGGCCAAUUGAUCACUCUUCUCGAAUCUGUCCACAACAAGUACUACAUCCAUCGGGACAUCAAGCCGGACAACUUUGUGAUGGGCGCGGGCAAACGAGUCAACCAGGUGCACAUCAUCGACUUUGGGCUGGCUAAGAAGUACCGGGACCCCGAGACGCUGUUGCACAUCCCAUACAGAGAAGAAAAGAAAUUUGUCGGAACGGCCCGGUUCGCCUCCACCAACACCCAUCUUGGCGUCGAACAGGGCCGGCGGGAUGACAUGGAGGCACUGGCGCACAUGCUCAUCUACUUCCUCCGAGGUGACUUGCCCUGGCAAGGAUUGCAGGCGCCGAAUAAGCAGCGCAAGUACGAUCUAAUUUUGGGGAAGAAGAUGACCGUAUACAGCGAAAAGCUCUGCCGGAAGCUCCCACGAGAAUUUGCGAUCCUCCUCAACUACUCGCGCUCGAUACGGUUUCAUGAUGCGCCCGACUACGCCUGGCUCCGCGAGCUCUUCCGCGACCUGUCUGUCAGCAAGGGCUUUGCGUAUGACUACGUCUUUGAUUGGUCGGUCCCGACCGGCAAAGCCCAGGCCGAGGGGGCACAGCUUUGCAAGGAAGAAAUGGCCGCCAAAGAGCGAAUCGACCCGCUGGCUCCUCCUGCCCCUGAUCCUGUGGCACCCCUCAACGAUGGCCGCGACGAGAACCUCCCCAGUAAUGCCGAACCUCCCGAAGGACCGCUUCCAACAAAUAAGGAUUCCUCCAACAGAUAA